ACCAAAAAGCGGAGUGACCUUCCUCCGCUCUCAGUCUGAGUGAGAGGGGCAGCACUGAAGCAAUAAGCCGGUCACAGCUCCUACAGUCCCCCGCUUUAGCCUCAGAAAUGAACAACAACUUAGUGGGAGAUGAAGUUGGGAAACUUUUUGUCGGUGGAUUGGACUGGAGUACCACACAAGAAAAUACCACAUUGGUGCAGCUGUACGAGACACUUAGAAACUACUUCUCACAGUAUGGGGAAGUAGUAGAUUGUGUCAUAAUGAAGGACAAAACUACAAAUCAGUCGCGAGGCUUCGGCUUUGUCAAAUUCAAAGACCCCAAUUGUGUACGGACAGUGCUGGAGACAAAACCGCAUAAUCUUGAUGGAAGAAAUAUUGACCCGAAACCAUGCACUCCCAGAGGAAUGCAACCUGAAAAGUCUCGAACCAAGGAGGGCUGGAAGGGCAGCAAAGCCGAUAGCAAUAAAUCAAAGAAGAUAUUUGUAGGUGGAAUCCCCCAUAACUGCGGCGAGCCUGAACUCAGGGACUAUUUCAAUAGAUUCGGAGUGGUCACAGAGGUGGUAAUGAUCUAUGAUGCGGAGAAGCAGAGGCCCCGAGGUUUUGGAUUUAUUACUUUCGAGGCCGAACAAUCAGUGGACCAGGCUGUCAACAUGCAUUUUCACGACAUCAUGGGCAAAAAAGUGGAAGUGAAGAAGGCUGAACCUCGUGACAGCAAAGCUCCUGGCCAGCUUGGCCCUGGCCAGUGGGCAACAAGGGGCAUCUUGAGUGCAGCUAAUGGUUGGACAGCACAGCCUGCCCAGGGCUGGCAACAGCCUUAUGGGGCACAGGGAGUGUGGGUGUCGACUACUGGCCAGCCCAUAGAUCUGUUCUGUGUUGGAGCAGGCGGGUAUGGACCUCAGUUGACAGCAAGCCGCGGAACCCCCACACAGCCUGCUUCACCUUUCAACGCAUUCCUGGUCACGACCCCGGCGGGUGGCUUCGCUGCACCUCAGGGCUACCCUCAGCAGGCCUACAGCACAGCACCUCAGUUUGGUUACAGUUUCGGCACACCCCAAGCAGACCAGUAUGCUCCACAGGUUCCUCCUCCACCCAACACUCCAGGAACUGCACCUCUGGGCUUUGCCCCCACCACCACACCAACUCAGGACUUGAGCAAAGCUCCCACUGGGCAGCCUGACUUCCCUUAUAGCCAGUAUGGCUUGGGUAACUACCUUCAGGACCCCUCUGCCUACGGACCAACGCGUCCUUCUCACAGUUAUGGUCAGGAUGAGCAGGGAGGAUAUAGUGCAGGGUACGGGCAGGACCUGACAGCCUUCAGCCACAGCUUCGCAGACCCCAGCCAGCAGACGGCUUCGUACGGGCCCCCGACAGCACAGCCCACCGCCGCCCCCCAGUCUGCCGCCACUGCGUUCGGCAGAGGGCAGAACCACAACGUACAGGGCUUCCACCCGUAUCGACGCUGACUGCCACCUCUGGGCAGGGCCGCUGUGUAAAGUUCAAAAACAAAACAAAAA